AUGCGCUCUGAGGAGUCUGGCAAGUGGAAGGAUGUCCUGGAGGGCCCCUGGCCCGACGUCAAGGAGAAGUUCCUGGUGGCCGUGGCCGCUGGGAAGGUGGAUGAGAUUCGGACACUCGUGGCGUCGAGGGCAGAUCCAAGUGCCGAAGCUUUGGUUGUCGCCGCCCGAAGGGAUGAAAGCGACAGCCUUGCUGUCGUGAAGCUGUUGCUGGAGAAGAGAGCUUCGCCCUCUGCGCCAGACAGGGAUGGCUGGACGCCGCUCGUGGUGGCCGCUGCAAAAGGCCAUCUAGAACUCGUUCGUCACCUUCUGGACUGUCAGGCGAAUCCAGAUUCCAAGGCCGGUCCGGGCAAGAAGAGAGUCCUGACAGCUUUGCAUGCGGCUGCCAGCUUUGCGAAGUUUGACGGGUUGCCAAGCCGAGAUCAAACGAAGGACGAGGCCACAGAAGCCAGUGACAAGGCGCAGAGUGACUUCUUGGAAGUGGCCUGCAUGCUUUUGCAAAAGCAGGCCGAUCCAAACGUGUGCUUGGAAUGGGAGGACCAUGAACCCACAUGUCUGCUGGCAGCUGCAAGCUCCAAGGCAGAGGACACCUAUGUUCUGGAUAUGAUCCAUCUCCUACUGAUGGAACGAGCAGACCCAGGGGCCGCCAGAGACGGACGUACGGUGCUGUCGGUGGCUGCCGAAGCAGAUGGAGAGGGACGUCGAGCCGACUAUCUGCUGGACCGUCUCCUGCGCGGCGAGGGGCAGGAGUACACUGACCUGGUGCAGAAUCUACUGCAAGAGGUCCCGUCCGCAAAAGGCUACACCCGCCAGCAGAGAUUGCAGGAGUCCGUGCGCACCAUCCUCGGUCGGGUGAGCAGUAAGCAGGUCAAGCAGAAAGCCUCGCUGCUCGUGUCGCGCAAGAGCACAAAGAGCAGUGGCAAGGCAGAGGACGCUCAGUUCAAAGCCAGCAAUGAUUGGGAUUUGGAGCUGCAGAACUUGCAUUAUGCACCGAAAGUGCAAGUAUCGUUGCGAACUCUGCCAAUCCGUGCCCCCUUGGCAUGCCGCCCCGGAGUGCUGAAAGCUUUGGCAGAGACUGCCAACGACGGAACCUUGGCCUCUGAUACGGUGGAGGCCAUCACUGCCGCGGCAUGGCUGCAGUUGCGGGCAGUCACCGCCAUAGAUGUCUGCCUGGAUGCCUGGGCGGUUGCUUGCUUGUGUAGCGUCACCAUCUCCUGCCGCACUGAUGGUGACGGGAGCGCCCAGCUGGCAUUCUUCUUUCUGGUUUUCAUCCAGAUGAAGGAGGCCAUUGAAUGGAUAGUGCACUUCUCCUAUGUGUUUGGUGGAUUCUUCACAAACCUGGUCAGUCACUACUUCCUCAUGCCAGCAGAUAAGAGCGAAGAUUGGGACGACAGCAUUUCCGCCCAGGGUGCAGAAGUUCUAGAGACCUUUGCUGAUCUGCUCUUCCUGGUUGUGGGUUGUGUCGCCAUUGCACGUCAGUGGCAGCUUUGCAGCGAGCGCAAGAUGGACAAGGUGUGGAUGCCAUGGUUCUGCUCGAUGUAUUGGCUACGAUUCGUGUACAGUUUACGUGGGGAACGAUGGCUGGGAAUGUAUCUACUUCCGAUUCUAUCCGCUGUGCGAGACACCUGGGCAUUCUUCUUUGUCACCUUCCUUUGUGUUGGAGGCGCCACCCACGCCUACGUUAUCUUAGACCCCCGGGGAGAAGACCCUCUUCCGAUCUACUCUGCACUUACACACACGGUCCGCCUGGCCAUUUUCGGAGAUUUCGACCUCUUCGAAUACCAGGGCCAGGACACGAACUACGCACUGAACGCGGAGACCAAUGAGUGGGAGCCCAAAGAUCCAAGCCCCAGGGACCUGGAGGCAGAUUGGCUUUGGAGCUAUAGCUACCUGCAGCUCUCCUUCUUCAUCACCGGCAUGGGCAUCACGGUGCUUCUCAUGAACCUCUUAAUCGGUAUCCUGAGCGCAAACUACAAUACGCACCAGGGCCGGGCACAGAUCCUCUUUGUGCAAGCCAGGGCUCGCAUGUUGCUGGAGCAGCAGCGCCGGCCCUGGAGCAUGGCUUUCGCUUCGCUACGACGAUGCUUGAUCCCUGCGCAGUCGAGUUCCGACACCUACAGUGAUGCCAGGAGCAAGACGAAGGAGUUGAGACGAAACUUCGGUGACUUGCCGGAGCAGUACCGCUACCCCGCCAAUGUGGGCAUCGUGGCUCUAUAUCCUCUUCAGCAGGUCAUGACGCCCGAAAUCUUUGGUCAUUUUCUCGCAGGCGCAGUUUACGGGCCUGUCUUGCAGCACCAAAACCUGGCCUUUCUGAUCCUCCUCUUCUCCCCGCUGCUCUUGGUUCUCUCCCUCCUCGUUUGGGUGACCUUCUGGCCGCUUUGCCUGGCCUUCAGGAAACAAGGUGUGCGCUAUGCAAUCAACCUGACGGUUUUCGGCAUCUUUAACACCCACUUCGCUUCGGAGUGCCACAUCUUGGCGCUUAUUCGAAAGGAGGAUGGAAAGACGGACCAGAAGGAGAGGUUCGAGAAGCUGGAGGUGUACCUCAAGGAGCUUUCCCGGGGGCACCAGGGCAGUGACGGAAAACUGGACAAGAUGUUGGCUUUACUGGAUGAAGGAAAAAAGAAAGCGACAAAGCCUCGGAAACAGGCCGGGAUGCCCCAAAGUUCAGGCGACGCCCUGCGCGAGAAGGAGGCGGAGGCGCCCCAAAGCACGGGCGGCCUCUCAAAUAUACCGAAGGAGGAGCUGCCUUUGCCACCUCCCUCGAAAGAGACUGAGGCUCCGGCGAAGCCGUGUGCCGAGGUCCUUAGAACGGGCCCAGGGGCGGGCGCGAAGAGCCUCGAGGAGCUCAUCGGAUGGAAUGCAGAAUUGACGCAGCAGUACUGCCAGCUGAUGGCAGACGUGUCCACUUACAUACGGCAGAUCCAGGAUGAUCAUGGCUGGUCCUCAACACUGGUCGGACACUACUCCGAAAUCUUGCGUCGCCUGGACGACCAGGAGACGAUCUUGCGAGAGCUUUUGGAACAAGCUCGGAAGCCCGCUUGGCGGUCUGGCAGCAUGAGCCCUUCUUUGGCACAUCUGCGGCCCCGGUUGCGCGCAUCUCCCAAGGCUUCCGACGAGGACUUGGACACGGAGUCGCCUGUGGUGGCCGUGGGCUCGGCGAACAGUGGCAUCAAGAUGCUGAGAACCUACACCGAUGAGGACUUGGAUCGACAAGUCGCCUCGAGAACUUACCACGAGCAGCUCGCGGAGCAGGUCGCCCUCGGUUUCCAGAAGAUGCAGAUGCAUACGGACUCGUGUAUCAAGAGGAUCGCACAGCACGAUGCCUUCGAGUUCUUUUUCGCAAUGGUCGUGGUGAGCAAUGCCGUGUUUAUCGGAGUCGACGUGCAGCACACCAUCUCUCACCCAGGGCCAAGACCUUUGAGCUACAGGGUGACCCAGUACAUCUACACAGCUUUGUUCCUCUUCGAGCUUGUCGUUCGGGUGGGUGCCCAGAAGUGGACGUAUUGCAGCGCAGAAGACUGGCAAUGGAAGUGCUUGGACGUCUUUGUGGUGCUUACCUCGCUGUGGGAGGUCGCGGUUGACGUUAUGACCGCAAUCUUCGAAGGGCAGCAGAGCAUUGAGGCCAUCCAGGGAUUGAGAAACCUCAAGUCCUUCAGAAUCAUCCGGCUCACGCGCCUUCUCCGAGCCGUACAGUUUGUACGGAUCUUUCGCUUCGUGAUGGCCUUGCGCAUGCUGGUGGAUUCGAUUUUCUCAACCUUGAAAUCGUUGUUUUGGGCCCUGAUCCUGCUGUGCCUGGUGAUCUAUGUCUUUGCGGUGAUGUUCGCCGAUGCUGUCAACGACUACAACAACGACUUGCUCGUGGAGCAGCUGAGUGCUAAGGACUUCGAAGCCACGCAGCUUUACUGGGCCUCCUUGCCAGACAGCAUGCUGACGCUCUUCAUGAGCAUCACCGGCGGCGUCAGCUGGGUGGAGGUACUCAGACCUUUGCAGGCGAUCUCGAUAUUCUGGUCCUACUGUUUCCUGUUUUUCGUGUCGUUCACCUAUUUUGCAGUUCUCAACGUUCUAACGGCGGUUUUCUGCCAGACUGCGAUCGAAAGUGCGCAGAACGAUCAGGCGACAAUGGUGCAAACAAUGCUCGACAGCAAAGAGGCGAUCUUGGACAAGUUGAAGGCAUUGUUUUAUGAAAUCGAUGUGGAAGAAGAUGCUGGGAAGAAGCAUGCUGGUUCGCUGACAGUUACAAUGUUCGAAGAGAAGAUGAAGAACCCUGACGUGCAUAACUUUUUCGAGUCACUUGGACUGGAUGUUUGGGAUGCGUGGUCGUUCUUCAAACUCCUGGAUGCAGACGGAGGUGGCGCCGUGGAUACCGAUGAGUUCUUCCAGGGUUGCCUCCGUUUCCGCGGACCUGCCCGGUCGAUGGAUGUCGGGAAGCUUAUCCAGGAUCAGAAGUGGAUGAUCCACAAUCAAGGAAAAUUCCAGGAGUACGUGCAAGACGAAUUGGCCCAAGUCAAG